GUCCGCGCGUCAGAGCGGUGGGCGCUGAGGAGCGAGGCCGGGGUUGAAAUCUUGCAGAGUCCCGAGGCUUUCACACUGAAAAACACUUUCCUCUCUCAUUGAUAACCUCCACCAUGAUUCAUAGCCUUUUCUUGAUCAACUCUUCCGGGGAUAUUUUCUUGGAGAAACAUUGGAAAAGUGUGGUCAGCCGUUCUGUUUGUGAUUAUUUCUUUGAGGCACAAGAGAGAGCUACUGAGGCAGAAAAUGUACCUCCAGUUAUCCCGACCCCUCACCACUAUCUCUUAAGUGUUUACCGCCACAAGAUCUUCUUUGUGGCCGUGAUCCAGACGGAGGUCCCACCUCUGUUUGUCAUUGAGUUCCUUCAUCGAGUUGUGGACACAUUUCAGGAUUAUUUUGGAGUCUGUUCAGAGCCAGUGAUCAAAGACAAUGUUGUCGUGGUUUAUGAGGUAUUGGAAGAGAUGCUUGACAAUGGGUUUCCAUUGGCUACUGAGUCGAACAUCCUCAAAGAACUGAUAAAGCCUCCCACUAUCCUUCGGACAGUUGUCAACACCAUAACAGGAAGCACCAAUGUGGGUGACCAACUUCCCACUGGGCAACUGUCAGUGGUGCCUUGGCGACGGACUGGGGUGAAAUAUACCAACAAUGAAGCCUAUUUUGAUGUGAUUGAAGAAAUUGAUGCCAUCAUUGAUAAAUCAGGUUCCACAAUUACUGCUGAGAUUCAGGGGGUGAUUGAUGCAUGUGUCAAGCUGACUGGGAUGCCAGACCUUACGCUUUCCUUCAUGAACCCCAGGUUGCUGGAUGACGUCAGCUUCCAUCCCUGUGUUCGUUUCAAGCGCUGGGAAUCUGAACGUAUCCUCUCUUUCAUCCCUCCUGAUGGAAACUUUCGCCUGCUCUCUUACCAUGUCAGUGCACAGAAUCUGGUUGCAAUUCCAGUGUAUGUCAAACAUAACAUCAGUUUCCGGGACAGUAGUUCACUUGGACGCUUUGAAAUAACAGUGGGACCGAAACAAACUAUGGGGAAGGCCAUAGAGGGAGUGAUUGUCACCAGCCAGAUGCCCAAAGGGGUCCUGAAUAUGAGCCUCACUCCGUCUCAGGGGACGCACACAUUUGACCCAGUUACAAAGAUGCUGUCUUGGGAUGUAGGAAAAAUAAAUCCCCAGAAGCUACCAAGUUUGAAGGGGACCAUGAGUCUUCAGGCUGGAGCUUCCAAGCCAGAUGAGAACCCCACAAUUAACCUGCAGUUUAAGAUCCAGCAGCUGGCUAUUUCUGGACUCAAAGUGAAUCGUCUGGAUAUGUAUGGAGAAAAGUACAAACCCUUCAAGGGCAUAAAAUACAUGACCAAAGCUGGAAAAUUCCAAGUUCGAACCUGAAGGGACAGUUUUACAGAGGGAACAGUCACGAACACUUUCUCAUUUCUUACUUGUCUAAAAGUGAAAAAACCAGCCUAUCUCCUAGUCAGUCCCCUCCUGGGCCCACCUGCUGCCUAUUUUCCUUAGCCUUCGGUGCCAUGGAACUAAUCAAGGAGAUAAAGGGUCACCAGGGAGAACUGGACGGAACUGAAACACAAUCAACACCAACUUGGUUCUCAAAGAAGAGGUAUACAACAGAGGGUAGAGAUACUUGGCGCUAUAUUUAACUAUUUUUCACAUGGUUAGCAUAGAGAAAGACUAGCAUUUGUUGCUUGCUUGGCUUUAAUUAUCUAAAGCCAAUGAAAGGCUUCUUUGUUGUUGUUUUUUAAAGGUGGAAAGAAAGAUUAUUUGGAAGAAAGAUGAAUGUUAGUCAAAGGAGGGCCAAUUAAAGAUCUGAUUUAUGAGAGGAAGCAGUAUUACAGAAGAUUUGUGAGGAGAUACACUGAAGUGAAAGAUUGACAAGAGCCAUGGCACUCCACAUUUAGGAGGGUUGGAUGGAAUAGAGUUGAGUGGGUUUCUUUCUGAUCCUUCUACUCUCAUCUAUAAAAAACAUUUGUACUUCUAGAAAUGAACUGGAUACUUCUUAAAUUUGAAUCCACUAUUGACAUGGAAAACCCCAGUAGAGUCAGACUUACCCUUGAAGACAAUAUCUGACUGGCUUUCAGAUACUAAAUGUUGCUUGCCUUUAGCAUAGUCUGUCAUCUUCAGUGAGAAGGUGACCUGCCGUCUUCCUUGUGGUGGUUGCCUGGAAUGCCUUUUUCCCAACCCCAAAUAAUUUUAUUUGCUUUACUUCCAGAAUUCACCAGCCUUUUUCCUGUUACCUGAUCCUUCUGCAGGAUUUUCUUGAAAAAAAAAAAGUUUCAGAAAAAACCAAUUCCAUAACCCCCAGUGCAGCCAGAUUUUGUAUGUCAUUGUGGAGUACACAUGGCCAACUUAUUCCCUAGUGAUGUGGACCACAGCUGUAACUGAAUGGUUUCUUAUUUAUAUUUAUGAGUGCUGCACUAGUACUGGAUCCUAAGUCUUCCUGUCGGAAACUUUUCCAUCAGUAGCCAUAGGUAGAAAGAAUGCUUACCACCAAGGGCAUGGCUGAUCCUUGAAGCUGCUCAGAAAGUUAUUUCCUUGUAAUUGUUUGUUUUGUACUCUAUAAUAUAUCCUUAACAAUAGAUAUCUGCCAGUUUGUUUUUGUUUUAAGACCAAAAAAAAAAAGAAUCUU